AUGUCGACAGUCCUGUCCUAUUUGCGGUCAGGAAAAUCGGUCAACGUAGACGACGACGACAGUAGUGUAGACAAGCGUAAAUCGAGCGCCGAGUUUCGUGGUUUUUCUGUAAAGGAAAAACCAGAACAAAGUAUACCGAAGUCGAAAGGUAAAAGUAAAGUAAACGUCGAGCACGUAUCUGAGUCAGCAGGUGAUACCGAAGCUGGUCCAAGUUCGUCGGGUUCCGGUGAUAUUUCCAACGAUCCGUCGAUCCCUGUUGAUUCCGUUCCUCCUCCGUCUAAUCCACCAUCUGGUCCUCCACCUCCUCCACCUCCUGGUCCAUCCGACGACGAGUCCGAAGGUAGUGAAAGUAGCGACGACGAGUCCGACGACGUAGCAGCUGUAGAAUCCGAUUCGAGCAGUUCGUCGAGUGAAAGUAUGUUCGGUGCCGGUGAUAGUCGCGUAAUGGAGUCGAUGGUCUUUCGCGGUACGGGCUUCGUGUCCUGGAAAAGAAAAAUAAAGGUUAUUUUGGCGGCCAAAGGACUUCAAACCGCGAUUCUCGAAGUAAAUAUGUUAUCGGCGCGUAAAAAAGCGAAAGCUCUCGAAAUUUUAAUUAGUUUGAACUCGUCCGGUAAUUCGUCGAACGGUAACGGUGAUCGUAACGGUAAUAGUGGCUUCGUACAAGCCAAAGAUCGUACCUGCUAUAAGUGUCACAAACGUGGCCAUAUGGCCAGAUCCGCCGGAGGGAAUUAUAGAAACGAUACCAACCCUCGGGGAAGUAUCGUUUGCUAUCGAUGCAAUCUAACCGGGCAUAUAGGUCGUAAUUGUCCGCAGAACGGUGAUUCGUCGCGUAAUAACGGUGGUAACGGUUCGUCGAGUGGUAUGUCGGGUUCGGUCGUAGCAGUUUCGGUGAUAGUAUCGCGAUUUCAAAUUUCGGAAAUUCGCGUAACGUAA